UUUGUAGAAUUUAAUCACACUAAUUCACUUAAAUAUAAGAAAAUUGUUAAUUAAGAAUUUCUACACUUAAAAAAACAACAAAUGAAAAUCUGUGGUCCAAAGUUGUCACUCUGUGGCUUACUUAUUUCUAUUUGGGGACUCGUACAAUUGGCAUUCAUGGGUCUAUUCUACUACCUACAGAGUGUUUCACUAAUUCAGGAUUUGCCUUUGGAAGAACAUUACGAUACACUAGAGAUGUUCUAUGAUGCUGCAAGUGAUGCUUACUACCAGAACGCCUACAACUGUUGGGUUGCCGCCUUCAUCUAUCUGAUUACAUUAGUUCUGUCGAUACAUCAAUACCGCGUCAACAAGAAACCACCCAAAUUCCAACCAAGAAAGGUAUCAAGAGGAAGUAUGAAUAAGGAAAUCGUCAGGCGCUAGAUAUGAUAUUUUUUAUUUCUUCCUAUUUUGAUUUUCAAUUACGAAUUCGUUUAAAAUAUUUGCCAAGAAAUCCCUAUAAUAAUUAUAGCCAAUUUAUUA